AUGAAGACAGACUUCAAGUUCUCCAACCUUUUGGGGACGGUAUAUCGCAAAGGAAAUCUUCUCUUUACUCCCGAUGGCACAUGCUUGCUUUCGCCAGUAGGCAAUCGAGUCUCGGUUUUUGAUCUAGUACAAAAUACUUCUUAUACCCUGCCUUUUUCGCACCGUACAAACAUCGACCGUCUCGAUCUUUCGCCCAAGGGCAAUCUUCUGUUGACCGUGGAUGAAAAUGGUCGCGCAAUUUUGACCAAUUUCCAACGGCGCAUCGCCAUCCACCACUUUUCCUUCAAAGGACGAGUGUCCGCACUCAAGUUCUCCCCGUCCGGCCGACAUUUCGCUGUCGGCGUCGGAAGACGCCUGCAAAUCUGGCAGACACCCUCUACCCCCGGCACCGAAACCAAUGGCGAGAUUGAAUUUGCACCCUUCGUUCUACACCGGGAUCUUGCUGCCCACUUUGACAACAUCGAAAGUGUCGAAUGGUCCAGCGAUUCGCGCUUCUUGCUCACUGCCGCCAAGGAUUUGACCGCGCGAGUAUGGAGCAUGGACCCGGAAGAAGGUUUCGAGCCGACCACUUUGGCGGGACACAGACAGGGCGUGGUGGCUGCCUAUUUCAAUGCGACACAAGAAGUGAUUUACACUGUCAGCCAAGAUGGCGCACUCUUCCGCUGGGAGUAUGUCACGAAAAAAGACGAGGAAACUAUGGAGGACAUUUCCGAUGCCCGAUGGAGGAUCGUAAAAAAGGAUUUCUUCAUGCAGAAUGACGCCAAGGUCAACUGUGCGGCGUUCCAUGCGCCAACAAACCUUCUGGUGGUAGGGUUUUCAAACGGUCUAUUCGGACUCUACGACCUGCCAGAGUUCAAUAUGAUCCAUCAAUUGAGUGUCUCCCAGAGCAAUAUCGAUGUUGUGACAAUCAACAAAUCAGGCGAGUGGCUAGCAUUCGGAUCGUCUAAGCACGGUCAGUUGCUUGUGUGGGAAUGGCAGUCCGAGUCAUAUAUCCUCAAGCAACAAGGUCACCUUGAUUCUAUGAACGCCCUCGCAUAUUCACCGGAUGGUCAGAAAAUUGUCACGGCUGCUGAUGACGGUAAAAUCAAGGUUUGGGAUGUCAAAUCAGGCUUCUGCAUUGUCACUUUUACGGAACAUACCAGUGGAGUGACCGCAUGUCAAUUUGCGAAGAAGGGAAGUGUGUUGUUCACAGCAUCUUUGGACGGUUCUAUCCGUGCAUGGGAUCUUAUUCGCUACCGUAACUUCCGAACCUUCACAGCGCCAUCCCGUCUGUCAUUCUCUUCGUUGGCCGUGGACCCCAGUGGAGAAGUGAUCUGUGCCGGUUCACCAGACUCCUUCGACAUUCACGUUUGGUCCGUGCAAACUGGUCAAUUGCUUGACCAGCUCUCCGGCCACGAGGGUCCGGUUUCCAGUCUUGCUUUUGCUGCCGAUGGCAACCACCUUGUCAGUGGAAGUUGGGAUCACACAGUUCGCAUCUGGAGCAUCUUCGGCCGGUCACAGACCAGUGAACCUCUCCAGCUCAUGUCAGACAUUCUCAGUGUGGCUUUCCGCCCAGAUGGGCAACAAGUCGCCGCAUCUACCCUAGACGGUCAGCUUUCCUUCUGGUCCGUUGAAGAUGCUGUGCAACAAGGAGGUGUUGACGGUCGCCGUGACGUAUCUGGAGGACGCCGAGUGGGCGACCGCCGUACUGCUGCCAAUGCCGCAGGCACCAAGUCUUUCAACCGAAUCACAUACAGCGCAGAUGGUAGCUGCAUUCUGGCUGGUGGAAACAGCAAGUAUAUCUGCUUAUAUGAUGUCGGAACCGGGUCAUUGAUCAAGAAGUUCACCGUCUCCGUCAACACCUCGAUCGAUGGUACCCAGGAGUUCCUGAACAGUCGUGACAUGACUGAAGCUGGUCCCCGUGCUCUUAUCGACGAGACCGGCGAAGCUUCUGAUCACGAUGAUCGUGUUGAUAGCACUCUUCCUGGCGCAAGACGCGGUGACGCUGGUGCGCGCACCACACGCCCAGAAGUCCGCGUGACAUCUGUGGAUUUCGCACCGACUGGACGAGCAUUCUGUGCCGCCUCUACCGAAGGUCUCCUUGUUUACAGCUUGGAUACUGACUUCAUCUUUGAUCCCUAUGAUCUGGAUAUCACAAUCACACCAUCCAGCAUUAUGGCCACACUAGAUGCUGCCAAGGCAGCCGCCACAUCCGACACUGUGGACGAGGAGAAUACCUUCCUCAAAGCUCUUAUUAUGGCCUUCCGAUUGAACGAACAAAAGCUACUUCGUGUCGUAUAUGAAGCGAUCCCUCCGUCAGAUAUUCCCCAUGUGGUUCGGUCCGUGCCCUCCGUCUAUUUACCUCGCCUUCUCCGAUUCGUUGCACAUGCCGCCGAAGAAACUCCCCAUCUUGAGUUCAACCUCAUGUGGAUCGAGUCUUUAUUCAGCAGCCAUGGUCGCUACUUCAAGGAUAACACAGGUACAUUCGCAACCGAGCUUCGCGCCGUCCAGCGUGCUGUCGAUGAAAUCCGUGAAAACCUGAAACGUUUGACGGAAAAGAACCUUUACGAUCUCAACUACCUGCUCUCGAAGCCUGUUCUUGGAAACAAGAAAACUAGCAGUGCUUUGUUGGCCAUGGAAACCGAGGAUGCUGAGGUUCCUGAUGAUCAGAUGGUCGAUGCCGACGAGGGAGAUGGUGACUGGGUUGGCUUUGAAUGA